GAAAAAAUCCUUUCCUUGUCCAUUCUCGUCGCCGUGGGAAGAUUUGGUUUUUUGAGCGUGAUGACUGUAAAACGACGCUGUCACGGAAGAAACAGAAAGGGCCGUAAUCAUACUUGUCAAGUUUGCUGUGACGGAUGUGGCUGUAAACUGGCUAAAGAUAAGGCAAUCAAACGGUUUACUGUUAGAAAUAUGGUGGAUAAGUCGUCCUUGAGAGACCUGCAGGAUGCUUGUAUUAUCGACAAAUAUGAACUUCCAAAGUUAUAUGUCAAGCUGCAAUACUGCGUUUCUUGUGCCGUACAUCGGAAGAUUGUCAGACCGCGUUCUCGUGAGGAGAGAAAAAUACGUUACUCGUCGAGGACAGCGGUAUUGGAUAGAUUCCGUAAAAGAGAGUAAAACAUUCUAGUAAAAUCACUUUAUUUGCA